UAGAAAUACAGAGGACCAGUGUAUGAGAGAGAAGUUGACUGAACAGCUCACAGGCUGUCGCUCUACACACCGGAUUCCGGGGGCACUGCUUCUCGGACUAAAAGCGUGCUUGUUCUGUCGGGCAUACAGGGGGAAAGCCGUCUGCUAUGAGGUGGAUGCAAAGCAAAGUGUGAUUUUUUGAUUUAUAAACAUUUCUCAACCUGCAGCGGGAAGAGAGUGGAAAUCACGGAGCACCGCACUCUCACUUUUCCACGGAUUGCAACGGCUCCUGCGUUUGAAAUAGCGGAUAUCUUUUACUCCGCGAAUUUGCAUGGAUUUACCACAUAGGUGUGCGAUGUUCAGAGUACAGAUUGUCUUUUGCACUUUGUCGGUGCUGCUGUCCCUUUCAUUUGGUGGAGAUGUAAAAUCGCGGAGCUGCAAUGAUGUUCGGCAAGCCUACACCGCCAAAGGCUUUAGUCUCGCCAGUGUUCCUCACCAGGAAAUAUCAGGUGAACAUCUGCGCGUGUGUUCCCAAGGUUACACCUGCUGUACAUCAGAAAUGGAGGACAAACUUGGUCAGCAGAGCAAGCUGGAGUUUGAGAACCUAGUGGAGGAGAUGAGCCAAAACUUGCGAACUACAUUCACCAGUCGCCAUAAAAAGUUUGACGAAUUCUUCUUGGAGUUGCUGGAAAACUCGCAGAGGUCGCUGAACGACAUGUUCGUGCGGACGUACGGCAAGUUGUACAUGCAGAACUCGGAGGUCUUUCAGGAACUGUUCACGGAGCUCAAGCGCUACUACACGGGCGGCAACGUCAACCUCCAGGAGAUGCUCAACGACUUCUGGUCGCGGCUGCUGGAGCGCAUGUUCCAGCUUCUCAACUCGCAGUACCACUUCACCGACGAGUACCUGGAGUGCAUCAGCAAGUACACGGACCAGCUCAAGCCGUUCGGCGACGUGCCCCGCAAGCUCAAGGCCCAGGUCACGAGGGCCUUCAUCGCGGCCCGGACGUUUGUUCAGGGGCUCAUGGUUGGCAGAGAGGUGGCGAACAGAGUGGCGAAGGUGAACGUGUCGCCAGGCUGCUCUAAGGCUCUCACACGGAUGCUGUACUGCCCGUACUGCGGAGGACUGCCCGACCUGAAGCCCUGCGGCAACUACUGCCAGAACGUCAUCAAGGGCUGCCUGGCCAAUCAGGCCGACUUGGACCCAGAGUGGAACUUAUUCAUCGAUGCCAUGCUGUUGGUGGCAGACAGACUGGAAGGACCGUUCAACAUCGAGGCCGUCAUGGAGCCCAUCGAUGUCAAGAUCUCCGAGGCCAUCAUGACCAUGCAGGAUAACACCAUGCAAGUUUCAGCAAAGGUCUUCCAGGGAUGUGGGCAUCCCAAGCCUGCCGGAAUGGGGCGGUCCGCCCGCGGCAUCACGGACACUUUCAACGCCCGCUUCAGACCCUACAGCCCAGAGGAGCGGCCCACCACAGCCGCUGGCACCAGUCUAGACCGCCUGGUGGUGGAUAUCAAGGAGAAACUGAAGGAGUCCAAGAGGUUCUGGUCUGGCUUGCCGAACGGCAUCUGCUCAGAAGGGGGGAGGGUGGUGAGCCCUGACUCAGAGCAGUGCUGGAACAGUCACGCCAAGGCCAGGUACUUUCCUGAAGUGGUGAAGGAUGGUUUGACAAAUCAGCUGCACAAUCCCGAGGUGGAGGUGGACAUCACUCGACCGGACACCUUCAUCCGCCAGCAGAUCAUGACGCUUCGCAUGAUGACCACGAAGUUACGGAACGCAUACAACGGCAACGACAUCUACUUCCAAGAUUCCAGUGACGAGGGCAGCGGCUCGGGCAGCGGGAGCGGCUGUACGGAAGGCUGCACCACGGAGUUCGAGUUCACCGGGACCGAGGCCCCCGUGGUGAGCGCUGACCGCAGCGACGGUCAGGCCGCCUCCGGCCGCGCCGCCGCGUCCCGCGCGGCCGCCUCGUCUGUCGUCCUCACAUCACUGGCACUGCAGCUGGUCCUGCUCUGGCAGUGGAGAUAAUGGUAGUGUGAGGGGUGGGAGAGAGAGAGAAGGAUAGAGAAAGAGAGAGAGGGAUAGAGAGAGAGAGGAGAGAGAGAGAGAGAGAGAGAGAGAGAGAGAGAGAGAAAGGGGCAGAUAGGAAUCACCAUGGACUCUCUGGACAUGUCAAGACAGCGCAGCAGCACAGACGCGGACGCUCAUGCUGUCAGCCUUUCCCAAACCGGACAAUUUUACUAAAAAAAUAAAUAAAUAAAAAAAUAGAAAAGAAAUGGAGAAAAAAAAAUGCAAUGCUUUGGAAAGAGAGAACAAGAGAGUGUGUGAGAGAGAGAGAGAAGUGAAGAGAGUGAAAAACGUCAAAAUGAAAUUGAAAUGAGUGAAACCCCCCCCAGGUGGAGAGCAGCUUCACUGCGAGGAGAGAGGAACGAAUGAGAGUGCGCACCUCCCGCAUCCUGCUUGUUCCAAAGAAUGCCCGGUGCCACCAUCAAAACAGCUUUCGAUACGGCCAACAACUACUUUUUUCUUCUAAUUUACAUCGCUGAGGCGCAGCUCGCUCAGUCGGAGUACAGCAGAGAAACACAAAAAGGACAGAAAAAGAUUAAAAAAAAGAAAAGAAAUUCUAUUUUUUGUUGUUUUGUUUUAUACUGACUAAAUGGAACCUUUGAAAUGUAAAAAAAAAGAGAAAAAAAAAUUCCCCGAAGUCUGUUUUGCCCUGUUCAGCCCCUCCUACCCAAGAACAACAUGGUGAUGUGCAGAUGCUCACAUUCUGCUGUGAGUAAACAUGAGAUGGUUGUUAUUUUUGAUUCUCCGAGCUUUUAAUUUCGCAUACACACACAAAUGGUGUGUCAUUGCUCUGAUUGAAGAGAAAUUUGAACGAAUUAUAGAGUUGAAACAGUUUUGCACACAUUUGAAAGUAAACAUUACAUGAAAGGCUUAGUAUAAACAACUUCAGCUUUUGCACAGAUUUGGUUAGUUUCAAUCUUUUUAUUAAUAUAAUCUUUGUUUUUUUCUUAUGAAGAGAAAAGAAAAAUUAUUUAUAUUUUCAAAAAUAGCUAUAUUUUAGCCUCUAUCAACAUUGGAUCUAAAUUAACAUCAUAUCUAACAGAGCUUAUUAUGCUGAUUUUGACAGUCUGUUCCUUUAAAUGCAGGCAUUAAUUUAUUUUCAUUUUUUUUUUUUUUUUUUUUUGUUUUUUUGAGAGCAUUGAUGUUUUUGGUGAAGUCGAUCAAAUGAAGGACUAAGUAAAAAGCCCUCACCGUUAAUAUGGCGUGUGUGAAUGAAGUCCUCCUACAAACAUUUCAAAAUUCAUGACACAUGAUUGUGUUGAUGAAAUAACCGGAUCACAUCCCCCCCAUCCAAAAUUCAUAACUGCAAAGCACACCUAUGUCACCUCACAGUAAACUGUAUGUCUAAUUGAAACUUAACAAAUUACCCCCUGUUCAGAGUAGGUGUUGGGGGAAGGGAGAUGUUUAGGGGAAGGGUUGAGUUUUGCCAGUAGAUCCAAACUUGCUUUUCGAAGUGCAUCAGUAUAUCUCCUCAACCAAGUAUGUAUUAAUCAUUUAUUUUUGUAACCACAGAAAUUAACCUUUUAUCUAUUCACUCAGGGUUGACCUGUCUGUAAACAUUAUGUCCUUUCUGUCAACCCAUUAAAAGCUCAUCACAAUCUUAUCCUUUUUCUUUAGUUUAAGUUUCCAUGGAAUGAUGCGUUUCAGUUUGUGUGUGCUUUAGGUGCCAUGGCCCCUGUAAUUGCUUUCAAUGUAUGUACGUUUUUCUGAUUUUUGUUCUCCUUGCUUUGUUGCUGUUAGCUUGUUUUGUGAGCAGCAGUGAACGGAGUGUUUUUUUUUUUUUUUUUUUUUUUUUUUUAUCAACCCUAGUCACUUCCCGGGUCUCGUUCUGAAGCGCGUUCUGACUGUCGUGAUGGCACUUUGAUUUCUAAUGACAGGAAGAACUGAUCUGGAAUCGGGGGAAAAUGAGCCACACUCACCUAAACAUGAAAACAAAGACUCCUGCGAAAAGUGAAUACUGUACGUGUCAAUCAUAUUUAAUAGGCUUUCCCUUUCUGUCCGUGAUUGGAAUUGAACUUUAAUGAGGACUUUUCAGGAGGGAAUAAAAACACAAUAUCUUUAGAGUGGCACAGUAUACAGGGAACAUACCGGUAUCAUUACAGAGGGUUUCGGUGACGGUUGUGUUUGCUUGCCAAAUGUUAUAUCCUCAUUUUCACCCAAUGCCCUACCUAAGAAAGAUGUCAACUGAGUCACACAUUUUCAGUCUUUCCCUUUUUGUCAGUGACUCUGUUUUAUUAUCUUUUCCUUAGAAAUACUUCUUCUUAAUGUGUUCUUACCCGAAUUGCAUUCACUGCUGCUUGGAAGCUGGAAUGUCUCAAAAAUCUGAUUUCCCAGAAGUAUAACACCCCCCUACAACAGAUAAGGUAGAUCGAUAAAAGGUCUACACACAUCCCGAGUAAAGAAGAGCACGAUUUGGAGGGGGUUGAUUUUGAUUUUGGCAAACGAUGUUGCUGGGGGAUAGGUGAUUUGGUUGACCUGCCAGGAACAAGUGUUUGUGUGUGUGUGUGUGUGUGUGUGUGUGUGUGUAUGUGUGUGUGUGUGUGUCUGAGAUCCUGCCCUUUGCGAGAUGGAACCACUCUUCCCCCCAACUGCCGGUGAGAGACCGUUGUGGCGGAUUUGGAAAUGAGAAACCGGGGUGGGCUGAGUGAGUGGGAGUGUAGUGGCUCCCCUCAUGCUGAAGAGCCUGUGUGAAGGGCCCUGUGCUGUGGGACAGAAAGAGACCUCUUUUAUUCGGAGUUCCUCAGAGACUUACGCCAGGAUUCUGUUUUCUCUUUUUUGCUCUUUCUCUAGAGUGUGUGUAGUCAUCUGUUAGUGUGUGUGUGUGUGUGUGUGUGUGUGUGUGUGUGUGUGUGUGUGUGUGUGUGUGUGUGUGUGUGUGUGUGUGUGUGUGUGUGUGUGUGUGUGUGUGUGUGCGUGUAUGUGCGUGUAAGAAUGAGAGUGUUUGUUCAGAAGUGAAAUCCCUCAUCUUGGGCAGAGGGACUGUGAGUCCCAAAAGGGCUUGUUGUUACACACAACACAAAGGACCUCUUAGCUUGAGAAACGGAGCAAGUGUUCUGCCCCUCAUUCCAGUAGAGAAUUACCCCCCUCUCUCUUUCACCCCUCAAAGUCUGGUAGGGCUGGGUGUUUUGUUAUCGGAGCAGCACAUCAGGUACGCACACCAGAUAAUUCACCUGUCUCUUUAUCGUGGAUAAAUUAGUCCAAUUUGUCUGAAUGUAUAGCUCCUUCAGUGGGUUCUAGCUGUUUGCUACGACGGACAAUGAGCCUCUGUUUGCUAGUCUGUGUGCUAUCGUGAAUAUAACACUAGUAAGAGGCCAAUGCUUUUCUAAAGGCGAACAGCUCUAAUGACAGUAUCAUGGACGUAAAUGUGGACUUUUCAUCAGUGUAACUCACAACAACCUCUCCUACCCAACCCUACCCUACCCUAGUCUUGCACAAUUGUCGUUUUGGAUUCAGAGAAUGGGAAGUUUAUUGGUUUUGUAUUUCAGAAGUGGCCUGGGCAGUUUUUGUCAUCUAACAAAAAAACAAGAUCAAUUGUUCUAAUGCACAGCUUGAAUAGGUGUCCCACUGUGAGCUCAUGGUUUGCAUGGCAUAUUAUGGUAUGUCCGUUGUUUUUUGACAUUCAGCAAGUUGUAACUGCUUUUAACCUAUCAAUUCCCAGUGAGAGAACAAGAAAGGAAUGCCCUCUUUUCUCUGUUUGUUUUUUCCUUCUCUUUGCUGACAUUGCACUUUGACUCAACAGUUCUGCAUUUCUGCUGGUCUUUCUUUUUUACGUCAGGUUUACAUGUGAGAUAGAGGAUGCCAUGUUGACGCGCAUCGCAUUAUGAUUCGGCUAUGGAGUUAAAAAAAACAAAAUAACAAGCAAACAAAAAAAAUAUCUAGCACUCUGUGGAGUUCCUGCUAAAAGCACGCUGCUUUGAGCUACUAGGGGUGACAUGAACGGCGAUGUUCCCGCCGUACAAGCAGACAUGCCUUACAAUUUACUUUUUUAAAAAAAGAAGUUCAAUGGAUUGCAUUUUUUUGGGUUUUGUUAUUCUCUCUUGUAUACAGAAAAAGUAAUAGAAGGGGUGCAAAUAAACAUUUUAUAUAA